AUGUCGUUCUUUGGAUUUGAUCCCAGUCAAGCUCCUCAUGAGAGGGGCCAUAAUACUGCUGCUCCUGGUUUUGGUCAACAUGCGGAUCCAUUUGCAAGUCUUUCUGGCACAGGAAACGAUAAUGAAGCAUUCGAUUUCGAGGAUACAUAUGAUGGUUUAGGAGAUCAGCUUCAAGAAACCGGUGAUGAUUUCAAUGAUGAUACCUUUGGUGGUGGUGCAGGCGAUUCUAUUGCAAGCAAGCCAGUUGGAAACAACUUUGACUUUUUUGGGCAAACGGCAAAGGUCUCCGAUGCUAUCAAUGAGGAACAAAUGCGAUACACCCGCCAACAACCAGUAGUAUCUAGGACAACUCCAGCCGUAUCUUCAUACUCUCAACAACAACAUACGUCAAGACCCGCUAGAACUGGCUACGAGAGAUAUCAAGAGUCGGAAUAUGUUCCUGAUAUGCAGGUGGAUGCAAAUCUUUGGGGUGUUGCACCAAAACAAGCUCCAAAAGCCGCCACUCCCCCAGCUGCCGGUACAUCUGCACCGAACCGAAAGAUGAUGAGUUUGGAGGAGGUUGAAGCAGCCAUGAGAGCUCAAGCAAAGAAGCCAUCGCAACCUCAGGUCCCUGUUCAGCAACAACCAAUGCCACCAUCUCAACCACAAUAUCAACAGCCCCCGCCACAACAAUAUCAAAACUUCCACCAACAAGCUCCACAGCAGCAACAGCAGCAAUUCCCGAUUCAAGCCAGUGCACCACCUCAAUCGGAACAACGCCAGCUUCCUGUCGAGCAACAAAUUCACAUUUUGCAACGUCCCCAAGUUCCAACCAGCCAGACAAAUGUUCCAUCUAUCCCAAUCCAACCGGCACAUAUGCAAAACAUGAACCGCUUUCCCAACCAACCCCACGGUGGGCAACGUGGUCACCAUCAUCCCCACGCUUCUGGAAAUCGACAUGUUAUCACUCACCCACAACAAUUGGUAAACUUAUCCGAAGAAGAGCGGGCCGCGUUCUUGUUGGAAGAUGCCAAGAGGGCAAAGCGUAAUCACAAGAUAUUUUUGUUGUCGAAGGACAAUGGCUUGAUGACGCCCCAAGACAAAAACUUUAUUACUCGUAUUCAACUGCAGCAAUUGGUCACCGCUACUGGAAAUCCAAAUGAACACGGCAUAGAUUCUUCUCUUUCCGAGGACUUCUAUUAUCAAGUUCAUAGUCAGAUUCGAGGUGGACCGCGCCAAAACCCACAUCAACCUCUGAGCAACUUCGCACAAACAUAUCUUUUCCAAACCGGCAAUCGUCAUAACAACAUGCGAAGACAAGCUCGUGGUGGCGACAACCAUGUACAACGUAUGGAACAGCAAGUGCAACGAGCUGUGGAAGCAGCAAAGAACAAGCCAAAGAACAAGCAGUUGGUCAUUGAAGGAAGUUUAGGAAAGAUCUCAUUCAGCAACGCAAAGACACCUAAGCCACUGUUGAACAUCAAACGAACUGAUAGCAAUGAACCAAGACCUGGAAAUUCACCUAACCCUCGCAAGGCCAACCUCGUCAGUGGUAGCAAUAGAAAGUCUAUAUUGACUGAUAUCGAGAAUGUGUACAACACAUUAAUGGAGCUGGAGGACCAUGAACGCUCAAAACCCAGACCAUUGGGCCAUGAAGAGAUCAACCCACAAAUCGCCGGGUUGAAUCAAGACUGGAAUGAACGCCAAGAAUUCCUCAACAGGCAAUUAUGGCGUAAUUUAAGGAUUCAUGAACCAAUUGGCGCAACUACUGUUCAUCCUUUCAUUGCCUUCCUUUCAUUCAAUAAGGGCAAAAAGGCAAUUCCUCGAGUUUUCAGGCAUAUUUCUGAUGAACAACGCGCUACCAUCUUGACCAUGAUUAUUCUUCAUCUUGAUAAACUUGAUGUCGUUCGAUUGGCUGUGCCUAGCCCUGACGGAAUUCAACUCAGUGCUGAGACUCGUGAAAACAUUGAUCUCUUCCAAGUCACAGUCAUGUCAAGCCUUUUUGGAUUCCUCCACGAUGCUGAUUUCCAAAUCACUACUGGUGUUUUGGGACUUAUCCUUAAUCUUAAUAUUGAUUUGAUUGCACGUACUAGAAUUGGUCUAAGUCUAUUGACUAUGAUACUCAGUCGGGCUGAGAUCACCAAGCAAGCUGGAGAUGUUGAUGAACGUGGAUGGAAUGACUGGUUGUCCACCCAUAAUGCAUUCUUCGAUGCUCUUGAGCCUACCCUUCCAGAGAUUUUCCCUGGUACCGUCAACACCGGCGAAGAUGUAUACGUUUGGCAAUUUCUUGCAGCCAUUGGUAUCGGUGCCAAUCCUGAACAGCAACAACGUCUAGUUAUGGCUGUCAAGGACCGUGUUAUGGAAACUGUUGGGCUUGCAAAGACAUUACCUCCAGCUAUGUCUAUUCAACGACUCGCAAAUGUCAACCUCUUCAUGCGUUCUAUCGGACUGGAUGUUGAGUUACUCGCAUGA